CAUGACAAACAACUUCUCUGUGAUCACUUCAAAGAUUUUCUUGAAGGAAUGAAUGCCAUGGACAACAUGACUGCUGACUACAGCCCAGAUUACUUCGACGAUGCAGUGAACAGCUCGAUGUGUGAAUAUGAUGAGUGGGAACCAUCAUAUUCUCUGAUUCCCGUGCUCUACAUGCUUAUCUUCAUCCUGGGACUCACUGGGAAUGGUGUGGUCAUCUUCACCGUGUGGCGGGCCCAGUCUAAGAGGAGAGCUGCGGACGUCUACAUUGGAAACCUGGCUCUCGCUGACCUGACCUUUGUGGUGACCCUGCCCCUGUGGGCCGUCUACACUGCUCUGGGAUACCACUGGCCCUUUGGCGUGGCGCUCUGCAAGAUCAGCAGCUACGUGGUGCUGCUCAACAUGUAUGCCAGUGUUUUCUGCCUCACCUGCCUGAGCCUGGACCGCUAUAUGGCCAUUGUGCACUCCCUGACCAGCACUCAGCUGCGGACCAGAGGGCACAUGAGGGCCUCUCUGACAGCCAUCUGGCUUCUCUCAGGAGUUCUUGCUGCACCCACACUGCUCUUCCGUACCACAGUGUACGACAUCGAGACCAACCGCACCUCCUGCGCUAUGGACUUCAACCUGGUGGUGAGCCAACCAGGCCAGGAGACCUUCUGGAUCGCAGGCCUCAGCAUCUCCUCCACAGCCCUGGGCUUUCUGAUCCCUCUUCUGGCCAUGAUGGUGUGCUACGGAUUCAUCGGCUGCACCGUCACACGCCACUUCAACAGCCUGCGCAAAGAGGACCAGCGCAAGCGUCGCCUAUUGAAGAUCAUUACCACACUGGUGGUGGUGUUCGCAGCAUGCUGGAUGCCCUUCCACGUGGUGAAGACCAUGGAUGCCCUCUCAUACCUAAAUCUGGCACCGGACUCCUGCACCUUCCUGAACCUCCUGCUUUUGGCACAUCCCUACGCAACCUGCCUGGCGUACGUCAACAGCUGCCUCAACCCACUGCUCUACGCCUUCUUUGACCUCCGCUUCCGCUCCCAGUGCCUCUGCCUCCUAAAUUUAAAAAAAGCCCUUCACGCAAGUCCCGCCAGCUCCCUUUCUUCACAGAAGACCGAGGCCCAGUCGCUGGCUACGAAGGUGUGAGGAGGAGGGCAGAAGGGUGACGCAGAAUUGGGGUAACCAGUCAGCAAUUACCCUCGAACUGUUACAUCCUUCACAAGGACUCAAAGGUAAUUCAGGUGUCGGGGAUAAGCAGACUUUCCUUUUGUAUCUGACUGUGGGAACUUGAGGAUCUGUCCCGGGACUUGAAGUUGGUACUCUGCAAGUAAAUAUAAAGUUCUGAAGGACUAUGCGCAGUCUGUUGUGGUGUCUCUGAGAGCACAAGCAGCUCCUGGAGCCACCUACGGAGAGCAGACUCCUUUCUGCGACAGCUGCGCUCCAGACGUGUGGGAUGGAGCUGAGGAGACGAGCGAGGGCUUUUCUGCCGCCUUCCGCAUCUCCACCUCUUGCGCCCCCAAAGUUUCCUCUGAGCUUCAUAAACUCUCUUACUUGAAGCUUCAGGGUGGUGGGUGGUCCACGGAGGGUUCUGAGAGCAAUUUAUGGACAACUGUAUUAUUGCAUUUAAUCAUGCUUCUUACUGUCUUGUUUUUUUUUUUUGGUUGCUUGUUUAUUUUUUGUCCUUCAAGCACUUGUUCAUGGGGCAGAGAUAAGAACCCCGAUGGCCAGUCUGUCUUAUCUAAAGCUUCAAGACGGGAGGGAGGGAUGGGUGCAUUACUUGAGAAGAAGUGUUGCAGCUUGAUUAAAGACUUUCAGGAGGGGGGCGGCGGGUGUUUUGAGGGAGACGAAAACAUGGAGGGGGGUGAACUCAGACAGACAGAUGGCCGUUGACAAAUGUUGUCGGGGAAAAGGGACGCCCAAUUAAUAGGUGGCAGCUUCGACAGAUGAAAUACUGUGAGUGUGAGGUAAUGAAAUGUGUGCAGGCCAACUCUGAUGAAUUUUUUAUUUUGACUUAACAUUCUGGUGAAACUGCUGUAUGAUGGUGUUUUAUGCAGUACUCUGUGAAUAAAAUGUCAUUAUGAA